CCGCUACUUUCACUUUCUUCUGGUGAGCUGAAGGUGCAUCAUCUUGACGAACACGAAUUAGUCUAGUUAUGCUAUAUAGCGAACUAGCUAUUAUAUUCUGCCCAGCUUUGACAGACACAAGGUAUUUCCCUAGAUGACAAACGGCUUAAAACAAAAAUGGCGGCAGAAGAACCUGAUGUUACUCAGCUAGAGGGAGAAGUCGUGGAGCUUGAAGAUGCAACAGAUGCCAAACCUGACCGAAAGGGAAGAUUCCUCCUCUUUGGACUUAAGAAGAAUAAGGAUGGCAAGACGCGGGAGCAGGACUACUCCUCUGAAAGCCAUUACAGAAUCGUUUCACCAACAUUCCAGUAUAAGAUGAGCCACCAGCGAGUGGGCAAGUGCAUCAUAAUCAACAACAAGAACUUUGACGAAAAYACGGGGAUGAAUGUCCGCAAUGGCACGGAUCGAGACGCAGGCGAAUUGUUUAAGUGCUUUAAGAGCCUGGGCUUCGACGUCUGCAUCUACAACGACCAGACGUGUGAGAAGAUGGAGCGUCUUCUCCGAGAGGCCUCAGAGGAGGACCACAGCGACAGCUCCUGCUUUGCCUGCAUCCUGCUGAGUCACGGUGAGGAGGGUAUGAUCUAUGGCACUGACGGAGCCAUGCCCAUCAAGAGCAUGACCUCACUCUUCAGGGGUGACAUGUGCAAGAGUCUAGUGGGCAAGCCCAAACUCUUCUUCAUCCAGGCUUGUCGAGGUUCUGAGUUCGAUGAUGGCAUACAGACUGAUUCCGGGCCCCCCAAUGAUACCCUGGAAACGGAUGCAAAUCCCAGGCACAAGAUUCCUGUCGAGGCAGAUUUCCUUUUUGCCUACUCCACCGUGCCAGGGUACUAUUCGUGGAGGAACCCUGGGCGCGGCUCCUGGUUUGUCCAGGCUCUCUGCAACGUCCUCAAUGAGUUUGGUAAGCAGCUGGAGAUCAUGCAGAUCCUCACACGUGUCAACUACAUGGUGGCCACCAGCUUCGAGUCCUGGUCCGAGGACCCACGUUUCAGCGAGAAGAAACAGAUCCCCUGCGUGGUCUCCAUGCUGACCAAGGAGCUGUAUUUUAACUGACCGUCAUUGACCACUGACUGACAGACUGACGAGACUAACUAAACCACGCACUAACCGAGCGGUCGAAAAAUUCAGGGUUGAUCCAGGUCCAGCAGGAUGCUGCGCGGUUUGGGAGAGAAUGCCGUUUUGCACGUAGCUGGGCACAAAACAAGCUCUCCAAAUCAAUUUCUACAGUGGCACGCUGCGUUCAUGUGUUGGUGGUGAUACUUGCCUCCUCUUCAGGUUAUUCCGAGGAAUAAUGAUGUCACAUUUGAUCUGGUUUUUGUCAACAGGCUGUGUGAAAUAUCCAUGUUAUUUUACUGACCCGGGAAAUUUGCUGCCAGUUCUGUAGGGUUGUUAAAAUGUUAGGAAUCAGUUGUAUCUGAAAUCUGUAAUAUCUGAACAUGUUCUUGUUCAUUUUCCAGCUUGUCCAAAUUUGGACAUGCAUACAAGCAUUUGAUUGAUUGGCCAAGAUCCCAGCUAACAUUAUUUAUGCCUCGGGGCAUUUAUUUUAGUUUUGGAGGGAAGGGUGCAUUUCUUGACAUGAAGUAGUAGAUUUCCAGAGACAUUGGCUAUGUCUGAAAACUGGCUUGCCUACUACUCAAGCUGCAUACUGUGUACUGAUCGUACUACAUACUAUUUAGAACGUACUGUUCAGUAAAAACAAAUGCAGUAAGCAACACAUCUCAGCAUACUAGGCUCAUCCUACUAAGAAUGCCUAAUCUAAUUCGCAAUUGCGUUGAGCACUGCCAUUAUCAGCUGUUGUCAGACACGUGGGUCUCGAAAGACGGUUCUCUUACUAAGUCGUGUGCAGCAAAUUCUGAAAUAAUAAGCUGAAAUAAGUAUGACAUCUUGGCAUUUUAAAGCAUACUAAAUUUCACAUAAUAUAAAACGUAAUUUUUUUCGCAUACCCAAAAUGCCUUAUAUUUAGAACGCAAGUAUGGGUAAUUGGACACGGCCACUUGUGAGAACGUUUAUGAAACAAUCGUACUUGAACGUUCUACUAAAACGUUCUACAAGUGUUUGGGGAUUAUUUGCUGAUGAUGUUAUAGAACCACACGGAAACCAGAUAAAACAUUCCUUUAAGCUGUAAGGAUCCUAGUUGGUUGGGAGAGCCGUGUCUCAUUAAGUCAAAAUGCUGUGAUGUGUAAGGACAUCAGACUAUUAGAGGGGACUAGCUUAUUGCAGUAGCAUACGGGUCAGUUUAAAAGCACCUUAUGAAAGAUCACGGCAAUAUGCUGAAUUUCAACUGACCCAGGAGGGUAGCGGCUGGAAAAUGUACAAUUACAUUUUUGGCUAUUUGUCUUAAUGUUUUUAUAAUAUCAUUCAUCCUCAAAAGGGAUUAGGUCUCUCUCAAAGAGCAAUCACUUGUCAUUUGACCCCAUGUAACAGCGGUAACAAAGUCAAGUACGAAUAAUUUAACUAUUCAUACCAAGAAUGCACUCCCAGCAGUGACUGUCAAAGAUUACAUUUUACUGUCAUCCUCAGGUUUCUUUGUGAGUGAGAUUWAUUUUUUGUGGAUUUCUUUGAGUUUCACUGGCACAAUUGUCAGGAAAGAGUGCUAAUCUGUUGCAUGAAGAAAAAAAGAAAAACYAAUGUUUUAUGUGGAUUUUGGUCAAGGGUACAGGAAAUGUUCCAUCAUACCACAAGCAAGGAGGAUUUGAGAUUUUGCCAGUUUAUAUGUACAUACAUUUAUUCAUUAGGUUGAAGAUGAUGAAGCUGUCAGUAAAGCAAAAGACAACUUUUAUUGCUUGUCAUUCUAACUUUAUCCACCGGAGUCAAUGUAUUUACACUGAGUAUACAAAACAUUAAGAACACCACGACAUAGACUGACCAGGUGAAUCCAAUGAUCCCUUAUUGAU